GGAGGCAGCCCAGGCCAGAAGAACGCGUGGAACAGGAGAGCGAGCGAGCGGCGUGUUGGUAUGGGUUGGCUGAGCUGUUUGCCGAUUCGUUGACUCGCCGGCACGGUCGGUCGGGUCGAGGGCUCCCGGCUCUCUCAGUCCGUCUCGCGACCGCGCGCCAAGGGGAUGGACGUCGUGUUUCGGCUCUUCCUCCCGUGAUCCUCGACCGAGAUCGGCUCGGCAUCCCCUCACGGCUGCUGGAUCGGGAGGGAAUCGCCUCGCCGUUCGCCGCGCGAUGUGACCGACACCUUAGCCCCCCGUGAGACGUCGUCGUGUGCGCCUAUUCUUCCGAGUGAGGAAAAAGGAAUUCCCCUGGUAUCCUCGGGUGCCUCACCGCGAGUGUUUGAUGCGACGAGAUGGGCAGCGAGGCGGACGUGGAGACCACGGGUACCAACGUGGAUUCCGAUGAAUCCGAUAGCUGGGAGAAGUUUUUCGGAUCGAGCACGGAUCUGGUGCCCCAAAUGCUGGGUAUGUUCGACGAGCUAGCGCGUGGCGGCAAUGGGUAUACCGAUCACGUAGUCCUUCCCACGGUGCUCCAGAAACGUUUGAGCCUGGUGUCUCAGUCCCAUCGGGGGUCCAUAUUCGGCCAGUUCUGUCCCGACUUGGCCAAGUCUCAGCCAGGGGGCGCGAUGACGUUGGAACAGGAGACGGAGAGUCGCGUGGAAGUGGUCGUCGCCGAGGACAUCGCGGACAACCAGAAGGACAGCAACGUUUACGACACGCGGGAGGAUCGAACCGAUUGCACGAUCGAGGAGAAGCCUUAUCGGAGGGAGAGCAACGGACUCACGCCGCUCAGGUACAACAGAAGAUGCAGGAACGCCGGUAGACCGCUCUCUGGAAGCUCCGUUGCGUCCAGCACGUCUUCCAGCGGGUGCAGCAACCAGGGGAACACCUGCAACGUUAAUCCUUAUUUGGCGUCCGUCGAGUCCCUGGCCGAUACUUGCGCCAGUUCUCAAGGUUCCGGGGACAGCGGAGUGGUCACGGUUUCAGAGUCUAACUGCAGGAUUGGCAAUGACGGCGGCGGUCAACGGCGAAACAGCGCCGAGGAGGAUCAACCGUUCUACAGGCCACGCUACAGCGAUCCCCAUCGAAAUCCCAUGGAAAGGGUGCUCCUCGAAAUAGUCGACACCGAAGCGAUAUACGUGGAACACUUGCGACAGAUUAUCCAAGGUUACCUUAUAUUUUGGAGAAACGAUCCGGCAUCGUUUGCCCAUCAAAUGCAACUAAGCGACUUAUUUAGUAAUAUUGAGGAUAUUUUUGAAUUCAACAGAGAGUUCCUUAAAGAAAUAGAGAAAUGUGGUUUGGACCCUGUUUGCAUGGCAAACACAUUUAUAAAGCACAACUCAGGAUUCAAGGUGUACACAGAAUAUUGCACUAAUUAUCCAAGGACGGUAUCCGUGUUGACCGACUUGAUGAGUCAAGAGGAAACUGCGAACGCAUUUCGAGAAAGGCAAGCAGCUCUGGGACACGCGUUGCCCCUUGGAUCGUUCCUUCUAAAGCCUGUUCAGAGGAUUCUGAAAUACCAUUUACUUUUAGAGAACUUGUCAAAGGAGUACGGGGCGGACUGUGAAUUAAGAGAAGACGAGACUGAAGGGAGGAAGGCGAUCGAGGCUGCGCUAGACGCGAUGACUGGCAUCGCGAAGCACAUUAACGCUAUGAAACGACGCCACGAGCACGCUGUGCGUGUUCAGGAGAUACAGUCCCUCCUGUACGGUUGGCCUGGUCCAGAUUUAACCACCAGCGGAGAGUUAGUGGCGGAAGGCCGAUUCAGAAUGCGAGGGGCGAAAGCCCCUAGGCAUGCUUUUUUGUUUGACCGUAUGCUUCUUCUCACCAAGAAGAAAGAAGAUGGGCUUCUAGUCUACAAGGCUCACAUUAUGUGUUCUAACUUGAUGCUCAUCGAGAGCAUACCAGGUGAACCGCUUAGCUUCCAUGUGAUCCCCUUUGACAAUCCUCGACUGCAGUAUACUUUACAGGCAAGGAACUUAGAACAGAAGAGGGAAUGGACGUUACAGAUAAAGAGGGUGAUCCUCGAGAAUUACAAUGCAGUGAUACCGUCCCACGCGAGACAGUUAGUCCUGCAACUUGGCCAGACGCAACCGGAGGACGAUUGUUUGGCAGACAAAGGAUCAGCGAAGAAGCAAUAUUCUGCGCCGCCGGAGUACUUAGAGAAGCGUAAACAGGAGCGGGAGAGACGGCGGUCGGAAACCGGACUUAGGCAGAAGUUCAAGAAAAGUGGCAGAAAGUCUGAGACUACAACUGAGGAUUCUCCAGCAUCGACACGGAAAAAUCAAAGCGAGGAUUCGAGUAUGAACGAUUCCAGGGAUCAAGGUCUUAGAGCUUCAGAUGGGCGCGGGUCGAAAGUCAAGGAUCGCUUCACUGGCUGGAGGAGGAAGUCGGAGCCAGGUUUCCAGUCCUACGUGAGCCUUAAUCAGUCGGACGAGGAGCAAAAGGAGGACGUCUGCGACGCAGGUUCACCCGCGAUCGAACCCAAGUGCGCGAUCACUGAGACCGACCAGCGUCCGCUGAACACUCCGCCCCCGGAGACCAAAGAGAACACAGAGCAGCAAUCCCAGGCGCAAACAGUGGAGGAAAUAGUGGGCCACAUCCUAAUGCAGAACCAGGAGUUCCAAAAGCUGCUCGAGAAGCAACGGACGAACAGUAUCUUGAACGUCAGGCAGCAGCAACGUUUCAACAAGCACAUGUCCGCGGACACGUCCGACGACAGCGACUCGGAGAAUGCUAAUUACAUCACGGAAAAUUCAAACAACAGGAUCACGCGUCUGCGCAUCACGCAGAGGGACAGGCUAGUUCGAACGAACAACACAUGGAACUCGUUGUCUUCGUCCCGGGAUCAUCAGCCCUCGCAACUGCAGUUGUUUUACGACAAUCUGAGCAAAGCCGAGAACAACAAGCUGAACGACACCGGGUUGAAGAACAAGAUCAACCGAGUACAAGAGAAGAAGGCGUUGUUCGAGGCGUUCAAGAGGCAGAGCAUCGUCACGGAGAGCAAAGUGAUCAAGACUGCUCUCAGGAUAAGAGAGAACUCGACGUCCAGGGGCGAGGAACCGGUUCAAACGUCGGUUUCGAGGGAGACGGAGACCCAGAUCGUGGAGAACGAGAAACCGACGACCGUGAACGGAGAGUGUGUCCACAAGGACGCUCAGGAGGAGAAUAAGGGUUUCGGGAACUACGACAAUCUGCAGCACGUCUGGGAGGGUCUGCAGGAGGAGAAGGAUCUAGACGGUAACGACAGUCCGACGCGGCCAGCGGUGUGGCUGACGAAACGCUGCGAGGGACUGCCCACGUCACCCCAAAAGUGCGGUUCAUUGCCGCGCAGUUUUCAGAUUAAUCCGAACUCGAAUCAGAACGUGACCAAGUCGCGAUUCUUGCAGAGGGACGGGAAACCGAUGAGCGAGAGACCGUUCACGAUAGCCUCGGAUAAGCCGGCUGAGAUCAACUUAGAGGACAUGGAGAGGUACGCGUCGACGUGCCAGCCUCAGGGUAGGAUCGCCAAGUUCCCGACGUCGGUCUCGACCUCAACGUCGACGUUCUUCUGUUCCCUAGACGACACCCUGACGGACGCCUACUCCGAGAUUCACAUGUCCUCCUCCACGACCACCAACAUACAUCCCGAUCACAAGAUUUACAGGGCAAACACCAGCGGCAGCUCCACCAUAUUCAAGAACGUCUUGUCCAAGGCUGGCAGUCGUCUCCAGGGAUUAAGGAACACCAUGAGCACGGAGACCCUAGAGUGCAGCGAGGAGCUCGAACGGACCAAGUACUUUCGCUCCCUGAGUACAGGUAAGUUGAAGAAGAGAGGCAAACUGAAGCACUCGAGGGAAGCGUCGUCGGACGUCGAAGAGCUGAUCGGCUGCGCCGCCAGAGGGGCGUCGGACUCCAGGGUGCCGUCCCUCUAUUACAAGCAGGGCAGCUCAAGCUUGGGUGCCCGUAUCGCCCAGUCUGACUACGCCGACCCCUCCAUAUUGUUCUCCGAAGGUAAACGACUCGGUCAGCCGGCGAACAGCUCGGCGCAGGCCAAGCAAGAGGCGAAGGAGGACGACGAGAGUGUCGAGAACAGGGAGAGUGAGACGGACAGCUUCUACGAGAGGUCGUUCGAGACUAUCGAGAAUUACGUGGACGCGGACGUUGACGACGCGUUUAGGGACAGUGCAAUAUUUAGCGAUAUAGAGGAGGUUCUAGUGGUUAGACCGUUCUCGGGUCACGCAGCCGAGGAGGUGUCUUUCAAAAGUAAAGUGGCGCCGCCGGUGCCAGCGAAGAAGAGGGCAGAACCUGCGGCGAACACUGCACUCGCGGCGAACGCGAAGUGCAAGCCCAACGUUGCCCAGAAACCGGACUAUUUGAAGGUGAAAUCUGUGUUUCUGAAGGGACAACAGGACCCUGACUGCAAUGUGUCGGCGAAGAGCCCUGUGCAUGACAGUGCCGCGUACCGUAAAAACGGUUUGCACAGUUGCGCGGAGAAUGGCAGCGAGGAGAGGGACGAUGUGUCCGCUGGACAAAGUCAGGCGGGCUGGGUGAGGAAGAUCGUGGGUCAGUUGCAGGGUCACGUUGAAACAUAAUUUAUACCAAUGAAAGUGUACAAAUUUCACCGGAAAGCCUGAAACGGAAUUUCACGUUUGGCAUUGUAUCCUUAACCCUUUUAACAUUGAAAGCUCGUGAGUACAUUGGAAUUCGAUAGACGGUUGGACUUUGUUUUCCAGAUUUUUCAGUCUUAGGUUAAUGCAGUAUGAUUGGGUGCCGUGUCAGGUGAUACACGAACGUGGUGUAUUUUAUUCAUUUGUUUAAACGUGUCUUGAAAGGGUUAAGAGAUUCAUGUCCGGAUCAAUAAUACUCCCUGAUAGAACGAAUCGCAGCCGAUCGAGUUUGUUUUCGAGUGAUCUGUAAAGUACAACGUUUGAGAUUAUAUUUUAUUAUAAUAGAAGGAAGAGCGGAUUCAAGAUAAUGGGGAUGAGAUUUUGUUCGAAGCAGGACGCAUAACGAGUAGGAUUGAUCUAGAUGAAACUCAGAUACUGUAUUGGAAAGCGUAAUAUGUGCGUAAUGAAUUGCGACGAGAGCAGGUAAUAGUUUUUUUUAUCGAUAAAUCUGUUUCUACGUUUGUACGCAAUGAAUGUUUCGUUUCAUUAUUCACGUUCCUCGGAUAUUGUUCCUCGUUGAUUGUUAUGUACACGCUGCGUUUCCCUUUACGCUAUUUGUGCCUUAUAUCAGCUGUUUUCCACGCAAACAUGAAGUUCCGGUGUUCAGCCGCGCGUACGUUGUACAAGAUCGAAACAAGUACUGCCGUAUGAUUUUGUCAUAUCACGUGAGAGCUAGUGGUAAAUAGAGAAAAAUGAUUUUGUAAGUGAUAAUUUCAUCUAACGUAUAUCGUAUUUAAUCUUUGUCGUACAGGAAUUUUCUCCGAAUAAUACAGGGUAAUUGUGAAAGCUUUUUAAUGUUGAUCUCGAAGAGAAAUUUAAAGUAUCGUUGAAUCGUUGUCUCAUUGGAAUUCUGGGAUCACUGAGGGGGAACAGUUGACGCCGAGAGUUCUAAUCACCCUGUAUUGUUGUGAAAUUUUUACAAUGAAGAUUCUGUUAACUCGAACAUCGUUGGUCGAACUAUUGUAAAACAAUAUACAACGUUGACCGAAUAUUGUAUGCGUCGACGAACAUUUCUUUCUUCAAGUAACUCGUUAGGAUUUGAACAAUUACACAUUAUCCCCGAACAAUAAACAGACUCGUUUAACCGAACACGCAAGCGGAUGUUUAUUCUCUAUUUAUUCGUGAGACCUAACGGGGUUCGCUAUCGUUUCUAACUACGUUUUAAUUGCACGCCUCGUGGUUGGGCUCACGAUAGAAACGGGAGCGAUUCGCUCGCGGCUACGCGAGAAGACGUCGAUUGGUAGCUCGCAAUAAAUCAAUCGAAUUAUUAUCAGUAUUCGUUUGUUUUGUCAAUUUAUGUUUCCAAUUAAAACUGUACAAUUCAGUCAUCCAAUUUAUGUUUCGUUUUUUUAGACUACAUACCUCGCACACAGUGUGUGACCACAGUGUUACGAUAUAUAGAAAUUGUACCAAUAAUCGAUACAAAGGCUAAUAAAGAUUACGAUUUCGAUGAUGGAACGUGAGAAGGAUAUCCACGAUUGGUUUCAAAGAUUACUUCAGGUAGGUUUUAUUACGAGAGUGUCUAUUUACAGAGGUUUGGCUAGUUGUGCUUACAGGUUACAAGUAAAUGAUACAUAAAUGUUCAUAAAUUACCUACGCAAUACUGUAUAUAUAUAUAUAUAUAUUAUAUAUAUUAUAUAAAAAGGAAAAUAGA